CAGGGCCACCCAUCCAGACACCCCGCCGUGGAGGACAGCAUUCCAGAGGGAGCCUCACCCGGCCUUGCUCUGUGGGCUCUGUGCACGGCACUGCAGCUACAGGCCCAAGAUGCCAGCUGUCCAGCUGCUGCUCCUGGCCUGUCUGCUGUGGGGCGUGGGGGCCAGGACAGCCCAGCUCCGGAAGGCCAACGACCAGAGCGGCCGCUGCCAGUACACCUUCAGUGUGGUCAGCCCCAAUGAGUCCAGCUGCCCCGAGCACGGCCAGGCCAUGUCAGCCAUCCAGGACCUGCAGAGGGACAGCAGCGCCCAGCGUGCAGACCUGGAGGCCACCAAGGCCCGGCUCAGCUCCCUGGAGGGCCUCCUCCACCGGCUGACCGCGGGCCAGGUGGCCGGGCCCUCGGAGACCCAGCAAGGGCAGCAGAGGGAGCUGGCCACCCUAACAAGGGAGCGGGAGCAGCUGGAAGCUCGAACCAGGGAGCUGGAGACGGCCAACAGCAACCUCCUCCGAGACCAGUCGGUCCUGGAGGAAGAGAAGAGGCAACUCCGGGCGGAGAGCGAGGACCUGGCCAGGAGGCUGGACAGCAGCAGCCAGGAGAUAGCGAGGCUGAGAAGGGGCCAGUGUCUGCAGGCCCAGAACCCCCCUCAGGAUGUGUCUCCAGGCGGCAGGGAAGUUUCUAGAUGGAAUUUGGAGAGCUUGGACUUCCAGGAACUGAAGUCAGAGUUCAGUGAGGUUCCUGCCUCCCAGAUCUUGGCGAGUCCGACGUCUGGCCGUCCCAGGAGUGAAGAUGGGGACACUGGAUGCGGAGACCUCGUUUGGGUGGGAGAGCCUGUCACUCUGAGAACAGCUGAAAGCAUCACUGGCAAGUAUGGCGUGUGGAUGCGAGACCCAAAGCCCGUGAGCCCCUACACGCAGAACACCACGUGGAGAGUUGACACGGUGGGAACAGCCAUCCGGCAGGUGUUGGAGUACCACCUCAUCAGUCAGUUCACGCGGGGCUACCCUUCCAAGGUCCACGUGCUGCCCAGGCCGCUGGAAAGCACAGGCGGCGUGGUCUACGCGGGCAGCCUCUACUACCAGGGGGCCGAGUCCAGGACGCUGGUCAGGUACGAGCUGAACACCGAGACGGUGAAGGCCGAGAAGGACAUCCCCGGGGCCGGCUACCAUGGACAGUUCCCGUAUUCCUGGGGAGGCUACACGGACAUCGACCUGGCGGUGGACGAGACGGGCCUGUGGGUCAUCUACAGCACAGAGGAGGCCAAAGGUGCCAUCGUCCUCUCCAAGCUGAACCCAGAGAGCCUGGAGCUUGAACAGACCUGGGAGACGAACAUCCGGAAGCAGUCGGUCGCCAACGCCUUCGUCAUCUGCGGCACCUUGUACACCGUCAGCAGCUACUCGUCACCGGACGCCACCAUCAACUUUGCAUAUGACACGGGCACCAAAAGCAGCAAGGCCUUGACCAUCCCGUUCAAGAACCAGUACAAGUACAGCAGCAUGGUCGACUACAACCCCCUGGAGAAGAAGCUCUUCGCCUGGGACAACUUCAACAUGGUCACCUACGAUGUCAGGCUCUCCAAGAUGUGAAAAGCCGCCACGUUCAGUCGGGAAGGGCAGAUGGGGAUGGAGUGCAGAGCUCCCCAGGGGACAGCCAGCCAGCCAGAGCCCAGGCAGCUCUGCUCUGCUUCCCAAUGUGCGCUGUCACCAUGGCUGGCUGUGCGGGAACAGCAGUCUGGGGAUUCACGCAGUUUCACCAUAGAUAUUAUUUUCUUCUGUCAGCUUUGAGAGGCACGUGUAGCCAAAAUAGUUUAAGUUUUCUGGUGGUUUGGGGCAAAAGCUAUCAUGCAUAGUAGCUUCUUCAUGGAAACCACAAGAAGGCUUUUUGUAAAUGGCCUUCAGUGGGGCUGAAGGGGGUAUGUUUCCAGGCGAAGAGUUUGGGGAAAACAUGCUGCCCCGUGUGGACUCAGGGCCUUC